UCGAGACACGAUGGAAAGCGAAACAGAACUCAGUUUACGAAUGUUCAAGGCGAUUUUCCUGUGAAGAAACUGCUGGAUCAGAAUUUUAUAUUUUUACGGGUGAAGAAGAUUUGAAUAAACCGACGCAAUUGACAAUUAAAAAAGGAAAAAUGGCUGAUGUUUCUCCACCGGAUUUUGCAAUGAACGAUCAGAGAUAUUGGAACGAGAAUACCCCACCGGAUAGAAUAAAGGCUCUUCCACUUCCGCCCACCAAGUGGAAGAGGUACUCUCCCAGUGUGACGAUGGACGCUGCCGAGAAUCUCAUAAAGACCUUCCACAAGAUGAAUUUAGAUGACAGCGUUGAUGCGGCGAUCACCGAGGGCUUGAACAAAGUGCAGAUUGCUGAUGACAGCGAUGUAAACAAGCGUAAGAAUGAGUCCACCAGCGGAAAAACUGACUCAUUCGAUGGUGGGGAUUCAUCAAUAUCCUCGAAUGGAUAUGGCUCAAACUCUUGCGUCAACGACUCUUCCAUCCUGAACACGAGUGAGGACGAUCGUCCGGACACAUCCACUCCUCACCAAUCGAUGGUUUCCAAUUCAAAGUACAAGAUGUUUCGACCACCAGACCUAGUAAUCGAAGAGGCAACCAAUGAGCAGAAUUCCCAGGAAAUCGAGGACUUGGCACAGUACAGCCCCGUGCGUUCCCCAUUUCCUGCCAACUCUUCGGAUGAUUCUCUCUUCGGUAGAGAGGAGACACCCGAGCCAUUGUGCCUCGAGUCCCCUCCGAAGGGAUCUUUCUUGAAGGCCAACGAGAUGAGGAUGGUUCAGCUGCUGAAACGCUUCGGCCUCAGUCACUUUGCCAUCAUCUUCAUCGAGCAGGAGGUCGACGUGGAGAUGUUUCUGACUCUCGACGAGAAAGACCUGAAGGAAAUUGGAAUCAAGAAAAACACUGAUCGUAACGUAUUGUUGUCGGUUAUUUCCGAAUGCAAUGCUCGUCUGAGAAGCCACAGAAACUAGAAACAUUAACAAUUGUCGUACUGUCUAUCCCUGAGAGUCAAUGAUUCCCUAGCUUAAGAAUUUUUAUGAUCCCAUGAUUAAAUGAUUGAUUCAUACUGUCACUUUUGCUUGCUUGAUUGCGUAAAAAUCCGUUACAUCGAUUGUAUUAUUGUCUGAUGAAUAAUUAACAAAUAAAAAUGUUGCGAUGGAAAAUGA